CACAAGGACACACCCACCGCAUAGACCACAUAGAGAGUGGGCCAACCACGCAAGUUCAUGUACAUGUAGGAAUGCGCCCCUUCCCUUUUUACGUCGACAAUGAGUUCGAUCCCAUGGUGAAUCGCUCCCCGACCUCCUCCUUCUCCUUGGGCCUUUCUCCUUUCCCCUUCUCCCCUCUCCUUGCACCUCAGAAGCCACCUCCUCACAAACGGUGGGCCAACACACACAAGGGGGGCCCGCACAUCUGCCAUUUUAUCGUGUUUGCUCAAACAGCCUUCCCGCCGAGGCCGGCUGCCCUUCUCUCUUCAGCUCAUCUCUCCAGCAAGCACACAGAAUGAGCCCCGUGAGCUUUGCCGACAAAGAAAGGGCGCUGGGUCGUCUGUGUGUAUUGGCUUCGUGCCUUUUGUUUGUUGUCAGCCGCCGCCCGAAGGCGAGAAGGAGGUAGAGUCGAUUCCUGGCGCCGACGUGCCCAUCGAGGUCACCAAGGCAAGCAGAUAACGAACGCCCACACGCGCUGCCAGGGCCAUUUUCACUUGUGUCUCUUAAUUGUGUCCGCUUGUCGGUUUGUCUGUCAGGAUUUCGACAUUUUGGGUCAGGUGUCGUCCAAGGAGCUGCUGCACUGGGUGGAGAACGGCAAGUACAGAUCCGUCAUCAACCUGUGCGGGUCAGUGUCGGCCGGAGGGACAUACGGAUGGCUCCUUUCCUGCUCGCUGUUGUGCUGGUAUGUGUGCAUCGGUGUGUGUUGCGUCUAUCUGCAGGCCCGAGGAGGAGUGUUCGCUGCCGUGCUCCUUCCCGGCCAAAUGCAAGGUUCCCUGCGUCCGAGCCCAGGGUGAGGACGUGGCAUCGUCGAUAGGAGUUCGACGCAUUAUCGCGUGUGUGUGAUGCCUGGCUGCAGUGGAUCAUCAGAAGCUGUCAUUUGUACGCCGAGCCGCCCCACCGGGACACCACUGACACAGACAGACAGACAGACAGCGCGUCCCCUCACCCUGUCGUGUGUGCAGGGUUUGGCUAUGCGUCUGCUGGCGACGCUGGAGAGCGCCCCUCUGCCAGCCCUCAUCCAGUGCCACUCCAACUACCGCGCCAGUGCCGUUGCCAUGCUCUACAUCGCCACUCACCCUCCUGCUGACAGCGACAUCUCCGGCCCCGGGAGCUUGAAGGGCUGGAUGUCCAUGGACGACGCCAUGAAGUGGGCCAAGGAGCACAAGCUGCCCUUCCUGGAGCCUGACAAGGAGCACCUCGUGCAGUGGGUCAAGGUCAGUCUGCUGAUUAUGGGUGGAAAGAAAAGUGGUCAUGUAUGGGGACUGUGUGUGCGUGUGUGUGUGUGUGUGUGUGUUUGUCAGAACUUCCUGGCUGCCCGCUCGGUGGAUCUGAAGCGCGAGGGUGACCUGUUUUUCCGUCAGGAAAGUAGCACCAUCAAGGGGUCUGUCUGUGUGGGCGAGAGAGAAUGGACGCGCGCCUUUCCUUCUUCCUUCGUGUGCAGUUGUUUGACCGCGAGUCGUGCACGUACAGCUACGUGCUGGCCGACCCCACGACGCGCGAGGCCAUCAUCAUCGAUCCCGUGCUGGAGAUGCUCGACAGAGAUCUGGAGCUCCUCAACGAGCACGGACUGAUACUCAAAUACGCCCUCAACACACACGUGGUGAGUAGGCCCGUACGUUGGUGUGUAUGGCAGACAGACAGACAGACCGAACAACACAUAGACUCUCAUUCAUGGGAUGGAUGUGCUGUGUUCCUGCCUUCCUUCUCUCCCCUUUCGUUUGUCCUUUUGCUUGUUUGUCGUCAGCACGCCGACCAUGUGACGAGCACCGGCAAGAUGAAGACCCGCCUGGAUGGCUUCAAGAGUGUGCUCUCCGGCACCUACAAGACCGCCAUUUCCGACGUCAAAGUGCAGCACGGCGACUCCCUCUACUUCGGGGAUCGGUUCGUGGAGUGCCGCGCCACCCCUGGACACACCGACGGGUGCCUGACAUACGUCCUCGACGACCACUCCAUGGCCUUCACGGGCGACGCUCUGCUCAUCCGGGGCUGCGGCAGAACUGACUUCCAGGUGUGCAAGUGUCGGUGAGUGUGAGGUGUGGAUGCCAUCCAUGUCUGUGGGUGUCCGCAGAGUGGCGACGCUGCCCUGCUGUACAAGAGCGUGUGGGAGCAGAUCUUCUCUCUCCCACAAUGCUGCAAGUUGUACCCGGGACACGACUACAAGGUCAGACAGACAGACAGACAGACAGUCUCUGAACGCCAUCUGCUCGAUUGCCAAAAGAGUGUGUGUGUGUGUGUGAUGGUGUGCCUUCCUUACAGGGCCGUCAGGUGAGCAGUGUGUGGGAGGAGAUCCGGUUCAACACGCGGCUGACCAAGACCAAGGACGAGUUCAUCCACCUCAUGAACACCCUCGGCCUGCCCAAACCAGCCAAGAUCGACAUUGUGAGGGAGGGAGGAUGGCCCGGCCCGCAACGAAGAAAGACAACACAUCUCACCAAGCACUCAUGUGGGCGUGACCGUUGUGAAUGUGCUUUGUGUCUGAUGUCUGCAGGCCGUCCCCGCCAACCUCAAGUGCGGCAUACAGGACGAGUGAGCGAAACCUUUUUGUGUGGCUGGCUGCUUCCCACAAGGAAGGGGGCGCCGACACAGACAGACAGACAGACAGAUGCCGCAGCCAGCCGUAGAGAGUUUUUCCGUCGAGCAUACACACGCACACUCACGGACUCCGCCCGCAUUUGAUCUUUCCUGUGAGGGUGUUUAUUUUUUGUAUGUGUUGCCAAAUGGUGGGGUGGCUGCUGAUUGAGUGAGUGGUCUGCAAAUGAAGCAAGCGGUCGGUGACGGUAUAACAUUUGGUGAAACGAAAGGGGACAUGCUGUGCUGUGUGUGCCGGGUGGGCCGCGCAGUGGUACUGGAAAUUCAAUGUAGAUUGAGAG